CAUCCAUGUUCAUUCAACUACAACCACGACUAUUUUGUUGAUUCUCGCAAGAAUUGAGGCACAUUCACUAAUAUUGCGAUACAAAAGCAUUAAGAGUUCAAUCUUCAACAUGGCCAGUAUGACUCUUCGUCCCGCCAGGACUACGCUCCGGUGUUUAUCAAAACCACAAUUGCGAACUUACUCAGGCCCUGCCAGUCCCGCGGACCCCGCCGUUUCUCCUUUCGCCCCUCGUCACUUUCUGUCCAUUGCAGACCUCACUCCGGCCGAGCUGGUUACCCUCGUGAGGAGUGCCAAGACACACAAGACCAAUAUCAAGAAGGGUCUCGUGCCCAAAAAAAUUCAAGAAUCUCUCAAUGGCAAGACCGUAGCGAUGAUGUUCAACAAGCGAAGUACGAGGACUCGAGUCUCAACCGAAGCUGCAGUAGUCACCAUGGGCGGCCACCCGAUGUUCUUGGGCAAAGACGAUAUUCAACUUGGCGUUAACGAGUCUCUCUAUGACACAUCCGUCGUGAUCUCCUCCAUGACCUCCUGCAUGGUGGUCCGCGCCGGCGAGCACAGCGAAGUCGCCGAUCUCGCAAAGCACUCCUCUGUUCCCGUCAUCAACGCUCUCACAAACGACUACCACCCUCUCCAAACCAUCGCCGACUUCCUCACAAUCCACGAAGCAUUCCCUCCCACAUCAUCAGUCAAAGGUUCCCUCACAAACCCUUCUCUCGGGCUAGAGGGCCUCAAGAUUGCGUGGAUUGGCGACUCAAAUAAUGUUCUCUUCGACUUAGCCAUCGCCUCUGUUAAGUUGGGAGUUGAUAUCUCUGUAGCUUCGCCCAAGGGCUUCACAAUCCCACCACGAAUGAAGGAGUUCAUCCUCGCCUCCGCAAACGGAGUCUCAAACCCGGGCAAACUAACCGAAACAAGCGUGCCAGAGGAAGCUAUCAAGGACGCCGACAUCCUUGUGACAGACACCUGGGUCUCGAUGGGUCAGGAGGAGGAAUAUAAGAAGCGCCUGGAGGCCUUCGCUGGAUAUCAAAUCACAAACGACCUCGCGAAACGCGGAGGCGCAAAUGAUGGCUGGAAGUUCAUGCAUUGCCUGCCCAGGCACCCGGAGGAGGUUGCGGACGAGGUUUUCUACAGCCCGAGGAGUCUCGUUUUCCCAGAGGCGGAGAACAGGCUGUACGCUGCAAUUGCUGCGAUUGAGGCAUUUGUUGUGAACAAGGGGAAAAUUGUAGAGUAAGCGACGGUCCAGCGGUUGGGGAUUGGAGUUCAGACAAAAGCAUUUUGUGGUAGAAGGCGUCUUUAUAUACCAUGUACUUGAAGCUUUUUCACUAUGGCCAGCACAUCUCCCGUGAAAUACUUCGCCUAAAUAUUGCUUCGAGGCGAAUGUUGUUGAAGAAUAAUUAAAGGCAGACGCAUUCACAGCACACAUAUGAAGAUCCGCCGUUCAAUCAGGGUGUUUCGGUACAUUACAACUCCCGAAAUGUAUUCAG